AUGGCCGCGCGGGCAGCAGCGGCGGCGGCGUCGUCGCGGGCAGGCAGUGGCGAGCGGCGGGCGCCCCCCGGGCCGCGGCCGGCGCCCGGGGCCCGGGACCUGGAGGCGGGGACGCGCGGCGCGGCGGCGGCGGCGGCCCCGGGACCCAUGCUGGGGGGCAGCGGCGGCGACGGCCUGAACAGUGUGCACCACCACCCCCUGCACCCCCGUCACGAACUGAACAUGGCCCAUCACGCGAGCGCGGCCGCCGCCGCCAGCUCUAACAGCGCCAAGAGCGGCGGAUCCGAGGCGGCUCUCAAGGAGGGUGGAAGCGCCGCCGCGCUGUCCUCCGCCUCCUCCGCGGCGUCCUCCUCUUCCUCCGCGUCGGGCCCGGGCUCGGCCAUGGAGACGGGGCUGCUCCCCAACCACACACUGAAAACCGUUGGCGAGGCCCCCUCCGCGCCGCCCCACCAGCAGCACCACCACCACCAUGCCCACCACCACCACCACCAUGCCCACCACCUCCACCACCACCACGCACUACAGCAGCAGCUAAACCAGUUCCAGCAGCAGCAGCAGCAGCAGCAGCAGCAGCAACAUCCCAUUUCCAACAACAACAGCCUCGGCGGCGCGGGCGGCGGCGCGGCUCAGCCCGGUCCCGACAUGGAGCAGCCGCAACAUGGAGGCGCCAAGGACAGUGCCGCGGGCAGCCAGGCCGACCCCCCGGGCCAGCCUCUGCUGAGCAAGCCGGGCGACGAGGACGACGCGCCGCCCAAGAUGGGGGAGCCGGCGGGCGGCCGGUACGAGCACCCGGGCCUGGGCGCCCUGGGCGCGCAGCAGCCUCAGCCGGUCGCCGUGCCCGGGGGCGGCGGCGGCGGCCCGGCGGCCGUCUCCGAGUUUAAUAAUUACUAUGGCAGCGCUGCCCCUGCGAGCGGCGGCCCCGGCGGCCGCGCCGGGCCUUGCUUUGAUCAACAUGGCGGACAACAAAGCCCCGGGAUGGGGAUGAUGCACUCCGCCUCAGCCGCCGCCGGAGCCCCCAGCAGCAUGGACCCCCUGCAGAACUCCCACGAAGGGUACCCCAACAGCCAGUACAACCAUUAUCCGGGCUACAGCCGGCCCGGCGCGGGCGGCGGCGGCGGAGGCGGAGGCGGAGGAGGAGGAGGAGGAGGCAGCGGAGGAGGAGGAGGAGGAGGAGGAGCAGGAGCGGGAGCUGUGGCGGCGGCGGCCGCGGCGGCGGCAGCAGCAGCAGGAGGCGGCGGCGGCGGCUAUGGGGGCUCGUCCUCGGGGUACGGGGUGCUGAACUCCCCCCGGCAGCAGGGCGGCGGCAUGAUGAUGGGCCCCGGGGGCGGCGGGGCCGCGAGCCUCAGCAAGGCGGCCGCCGGCGCGGCGGCAGGGGGCUUCCAGCGCUUCGCCGGACAGAACCAGCACCCGUCGGGGGCCACCCCGACCCUCAACCAGCUGCUCACCUCGCCCAGCCCCAUGAUGAGGAGCUACAGCGGCAGCUAUACCGACUACAGCAGCCCCAGCGCGCCGCCGCCGCCGUCGCAGCCCCAGUCCCAGGCGGCGGCGGGGGCGGCGGCGGGCGGCCAGCAGGCGGCCGCGGGCAUGGGCUUGGGCAAGGACAUGGGCGCCCAGUACGCCGCUGCCAGCCCGGCCUGGGCGGCCGCGCAACAAAGGAGCCACCCGGCGAUGAGCCCCGGCACCCCCGGCCCCACCAUGGGCAGAUCCCAGGGCAGCCCGAUGGACCCCAUGGUGAUGAAGAGGCCCCAGUUGUAUGGGAUGGGCAGUAACCCUCAUUCCCAGCCUCAGCAGAGCAGCCCUUACCCUGGAGGUUCCUACGGCCCCCCAGGCCCGCAGCGGUACCCCAUGGGCAUCCAGGGUCGGACCCCCGGGGCCAUGGGAGGAAUGCAGUACCCGCAGCAGCAGAUGCCACCACAGUAUGGACAACAAGGUGUGAGCGGUUACUGCCAGCAGGGCCAGCAGCCUUAUUACAACCAGCAGCCGCAGCCUCCGCACCUGCCCCCGCAGGCUCAGUAUCUGCCGUCCCAGUCCCAGCAGAGGUACCAGCCGCAGCAGGACAUGUCUCAGGAAGGCUAUGGAACUAGGUCUCAACCUCCUAUGGCUCCUGGGAAACCUAACCACGAAGACUUGAACCUGAUACAACAAGAAAGACCAUCAAGUUUACCAGUUGAAGUCUUGACCUCGGAGGAUACCGACUUUGGACUCAAGGACCUGUCUGGCUCCAUCGAUGACCUCCCCACGGGAACAGAAGCCACCCUGAGCUCAGCGGUCAGUGCGUCUGGGUCCACAAGCAGCCAAGGGGAUCAGAGCAACCCGGCUCAGUCGCCUUUCUCCCCACACGCGUCCCCUCAUCUCUCCAGCAUCCCUGGGGGCCCAUCACCUUCUCCUGUGGGCUCCCCUGUAGGAAGCAACCAGUCACGGUCAGGCCCGAUCUCUCCUGCAAGUAUCCCAGGCAGCCAGAUGCCGCCUCAGCCCCCUGGGAGCCAGCCGGAGUCGAGCGCCCAUCCCGCCCUGAGCCAGUCCCCGAUGCCACAGGAAAGAGGUUUUAUGGCAGGCACACAAAGAAACCCUCAAAUGUCUCAAUAUGGACCUCAGCAGACAGGACCAUCCAUGUCGCCUCAUCCUUCUCCCGGAGGCCAGAUGCAUCCUGGGAUCGGUAGCUUUCAGCAGAGUAACUCAAGUGGAACUUACGGUCCACAGAUGAGCCAGUAUGGACCACAAGGUAACUACUCCAGACCCCCAACGUAUAGCGGGGUGCCCAGUGCAAGCUACAGUGGCCCAGGGCCUGGCGUGGGCAUCAAUGCCAACAACCAGAUGCAUGGACCAGGGCCAGGCCAGCCAUGUGGUGCUAUGCCCCUGGGACGAAUGCCAUCGGCUGGGAUGCAGAACAGACCGUUUCCUGGAAAUAUGAGCAGCAUGACCCCCAGCUCUCCUGGCCUGUCCCAGCAGGGCGGGCCCGGAAUGGGGCCGCCAAUGCCGACCGUGAACCGUAAGGCACAGGAGGCAGCUGCUGCAGUGAUGCAGGCCGCUGCGAACUCAGCGCAGAGCAGGCAAGGCAGCUUUCCGGGCAUGAAUCAGAGUGGACUCGUGGCUUCCAGCUCUCCCUACAGCCAGCCCAUGAACAACAGCUCUGGGCUGAUGAACACCCAGGCGCCGCCCUACAGCAUGACGCCCAACAUGGUGAACAGCUCCACAGCAUCUAUGGGUCUUGCAGAUAUGAUGUCUCCUGGUGAAUCCAAACUGCCCCUGCCUCUCAAAGCAGACGGUAAAGAAGAAGGCACUCCACAGCCUGAGAGCAAGGCGAAGGAUAGCUACAGCUCUCAGGGUAUUUCUCAGCCCCCAACCCCCGGCAACCUGCCAGUCCCUUCCCCAAUGUCCCCCAGCUCUGCUAGCAUCUCCUCAUUUCAUGGAGAUGAAAGUGAUAGCAUUAGCAGCCCAGGCUGGCCAAAGACUCCAUCAAGCCCUAAAUCCAGCUCCUCCUCCACCACUGGGGAAAAGAUCACAAAGGUGUAUGAGUUGGGGAACGAGCCAGAGAGAAAGCUGUGGGUUGACCGCUACCUGACCUUCAUGGAAGAGAGAGGCUCCCCUGUCUCCAGCCUGCCUGCCGUGGGCAAGAAGCCCCUGGACCUGUUCCGACUCUAUGUCUGUGUCAAAGAGAUCGGAGGUUUGGCCCAGGUUAAUAAAAACAAGAAGUGGCGUGAGCUGGCAACCAACCUGAAUGUUGGCACUUCGAGCAGCGCAGCGAGCUCCCUGAAAAAGCAGUAUAUCCAGUACCUGUUUGCCUUUGAGUGCAAGACGGAACGUGGGGAGGAGCCUCCACCCGAAGUCUUCAGCACUGGGGAGACCAAGAAGCAGCCCAAGCUGCAGCCGCCAUCUCCUGCUAACUCAGGAUCCUUGCAAGGUCCACAGACCCCCCAAUCAACUGGCAGUAAUUCAAUGGCAGAGGUUCCAGGUGACCUGAAGCCACCUACUCCAGCCUCCACCCCUCAUGGACAGAUGACUCCAAUGCAAGGUGGAAGAAGCAGUACAGUCAGUGUGCACGACCCAUUCUCAGACGCGAGUGAUUCCUCGUUCCCCAAACGGAACUCCAUGACCCCGAGUGCCCCGUACCAGCAGGGCCUGAGCAUGCCCGACGUGAUGGGCAGGGUGCCCUACGAGCCCAACAAGGACCCCUUCGGGGGCAUGAGAAAAGUGCCUGGAGGCAGUGAGCCCUUCAUGACGCAAGGGCCGAUGCCCACAAGCAGCAUGCAGGACGUGUACAGCCAGAGCCCCUCCGGAGCCAUGUCCAGUCUGGGCAUGGGGCAGCGGCAGCAGUUUCCCUAUGGAACCACCUAUGAUCGGAGGCAUGAGCCCUAUGGGCAGCAGUACCCGGGCCAAGGCCCCCCCUCAGGACAGCCGCCGUAUGGAGGACACCAGCCAGGCCUCUAUCCGCAGCAGCCGAAUUACAAACGCCAUAUGGACGGCAUGUACGGGCCUCCAGCCAAACGCCAUGAGGGAGACAUGUACAACAUGCAGUAUGGCAACCAGCAGCAGGAGAUGUACAACCAGUAUGGAGGCUCCUACUCAGGCCCGGACCGGAGGCCCAUGCAGGGCCAGUACCCGUACCCCUACAACCGGGAGAGGAUGCAGGGCCCGGGCCAGAUGCAGCCGCACGCCAUGCCCCCGCAGAUGAUGGGCGGCCCCAUGCCCUCGGCCUCCGGCGAGGGGCCCCAGCAGAGCAUGUGGGCGGCUCGGAAUGACAUGCCUUACCCCUACCAGAACCGGCAGGGCCCAGGCGGCCCUGCACAAGCACCGCCGUAUCCCGGCAUGAACCGCUCGGACGACAUGAUGGUCCCUGAUCAGAGGAUCAAUCACGAGAGCCCGUGGCCUUCCCACGUCAGCCAGCGUCAGCCUUACAUGUCCUCCUCCGCCUCCAUGCAGCCCAUCACACGCCCGCCGCAGUCGUCCUACCAGACGCCGCCGUCGCUGCCAAACCACAUCUCCAGAGCACCCAGCCCCGCGUCCUUCCCGCGCUCCCUCGAGAGCCGCAUGUCGCCCAGCAAGUCUCCCUUCCUGCCCUCCAUGAAGAUGCAGAAGGUCAUGCCCACCGUGCCCACGUCCCAGGUUGCCGGGCCGCCUCCCCAGCCCCCCCCAAUCCGGAGGGAGAUCACCUUCCCUCCCGGCUCCGUGGAAGCAUCGCAGCCAGUCUUGAAACAAAGGCGAAAGAUUACCUCAAAGGACAUCGUUACUCCGGAGGCAUGGCGCGUGAUGAUGUCCCUGAAGUCAGGUCUUCUGGCUGAAAGUACUUGGGCUUUGGACACUAUUAAUAUUCUCCUGUAUGACGACAGCACUGUCGCUACAUUCAAUCUCUCCCAGUUGUCCGGAUUUCUCGAACUUUUAGUAGAGUACUUUAGAAAAUGCCUGAUUGACAUUUUUGGAAUUCUUAUGGAAUACGAAGUGGGAGACCCCAGCCAAAAAGCACUUCAGAGUGCAGUGAAGAAAGAUGACGGCCAGGCCUCGGCCGACGAUUCUGGCAAAGAGGAGGAAGAUGCUGAAUGUAUGGGGGACGAGGGCGACGAGGAGGAGGAUGAGGAGGAAGAUGGUGGAAAGGUAGAAACGGAGGAGAAGAGCGGCUCGGCCUUGACCCCUCCCGACACCACUGCAGAUCCAAAGGAGAAGCCCAGGCAAGCCAGCAAGUUCGACAAGCUGCCAAUCAAGAUCGUCAAAAAGAACAACCUGUUUGUUGUCGACCGAUCUGACAAGCUGGGUCGGGUUCAGGAGUUCACCAGUGGCCUCCUGCACUGGCAGCUUGGUGGCGGGGACACCACUGAGCACAUCCAGACUCACUUUGAGAGCAAGAUGGAAAUUCCUCCACGCAGGCGCCCUCCUCCCCCUCUGAGCUCCACAGGCCGAAAGAAAGAGCUAGAAGGAAGAGGAGACGUGGAAGAGCAGCAAGAGAGAAGCAUCAUCGCCACCAUCGACGAUGUCCUGUCUGCCCGGCCAGGAGCGCUGCCCGAAGACGCCCACCCUGGGGCCCAGGCAGAAAGCAGCAAGUUUCCCUUUGGCAUCCAUCAGGCCAAGAGCCACCGGAACAUCAAGCUGCUGGAGGACGAGCCGCGGAGCCGCGAUGAGACCCCGCUCUGCACCACUGCGCACUGGCAGGAUUCUCUGGCCAAGCGCUGUAUCUGUGUGUCAAAUAUUGUCCGUAGCUUGUCUUUUGUGCCUGGCAAUGAUGCCGAAAUGUCCAAACAUCCUGGCUUGGUGCUGAUCCUGGGGAAGCUGAUUCUUCUUCACCAUGAGCACCCGGAGAGGAAGCGAGCACCGCAGACCUACGAGAAGGAGGAAGACGAGGACAAAGGGCUGGCCUGCAGCAAGGACGAGUGGUGGUGGGACUGCCUCGAGGUCUUGCGGGAUAACACGUUGGUCACGCUGGCCAACAUUUCCGGGCAGCUAGACUUGUCUGCCUACACGGAAAGCAUCUGCUUGCCGAUUUUGGAUGGCUUGCUGCACUGGAUGGUGUGCCCAUCUGCAGAGGCACAAGACCCCUUUCCAACGGUGGGACCCAACUCUGUCCUGUCGCCUCAGAGACUUGUACUGGAGACCCUCUGUAAACUCAGUAUCCAGGACAACAAUGUGGACCUGAUCUUGGCCACGCCUCCAUUUAGUCGUCAGGAGAAAUUCUAUGCGACAUUAGUUAGGUACGUUGGGGAUCGCAAAAACCCAGUCUGUCGAGAAAUGUCCAUGGCGCUCUUAUCGAACCUGGCCCAAGGGGACACGCUGGCGGCGAGGGCAAUAGCUGUGCAAAAAGGAAGCAUUGGAAACUUAAUAAGCUUCCUCGAGGAUGGGGUCACGAUGGCCCAGUAUCAGCAGAGCCAGCAUAACCUCAUGCACAUGCAGCCCCCGCCUCUAGAGCCACCAAGCGUGGACAUGAUGUGCAGGGCGGCCAAGGCGCUGCUGGCCAUGGCCAGGGUGGACGAGAACCGCUCAGAGUUCCUUCUGCACGAGGGCCGGUUGCUGGAUAUCUCGAUAUCUGCCGUCCUGAACUCUCUGGUCGCAUCUGUCAUCUGUGAUGUACUGUUUCAGAUUGGGCAGUUAUGACAUCAGUGAGAAGCAGCAUGUGUGAGUGAAGACUAGAGGCUCCCGUGUAACUGGCUGUUUUCUGUUCUCGUUUAUCCAGCGUAGGAAGAAGGAAAAGAAAAUCUUUGCUCCUCUGCCCCAUUCACUAUUUACCAAUUGGGAAUUAAAGAAAUAAUUAAUUCGAACAGUUAUGAAAUUAAUAUUUGCUGUCUGUGUGUAUAAGUACAUCUGUUUGGGUUGUUUUUUUUAAUUUGUUUUUUUUUUUUUUUAACCAAAGUUGCUGUCUAGUGCAUUCAAAGGUCACUUUUUGUUUUUCACAGAUUUUCUUUUUAAUGUUCUUUUCCAUGUUGUAUUGCAUUUUGGGGGAAGCGAAUUGACUUUAAAGGAAAAAAUUAUGGCAAAGAUGCUAAGAUGGGAAAAGUUCACCACACUGAGGCAAAAAGGUGAAAAAUUACCAAUAUCCCAUGCUUGUUAUACUUCAGAUAAUGAAAUAAAAACUGUAUCCCAUCGCCCAAAGCUCUGUGCAAUAGAAACUUCUAGAGAAGUAGGUAUAGGGGCUCAAGGAGGUGUGUCAGUCAGUAGUCAAACUAUGAAAUGAUACUGGUUUCUCUGCAGGAAAAUGGUUACAUUAGGCUAGGAGCAAAAAUAACGUGUUUUUCUAAGUUAAGAUUGAAAAUACGUACCUGACAACGAUCAACGGAACUUGCUUCCUCACCACUACCGUCACGUCUGCUGUCUGUCUUGGACCUUCCACAUGACAGUUCUUCACAAUUCCUUUAAUCAUUUUUUAAAUAUUUUUUUUACUGCCUAUGGGCUGUGAUGUAUAUAGAAGUUGUACAUUAAACAUACCCUCAUUUUUUUCUUUUCUUUUUUUCUUUUUUUUUUUUUUUUAGUACAAAGUUUUUAGUUUCUUUUUCAUGAUGUGGUAACUACGAAGUGAUGGUAGAUUUUAAAUAAUUUUUUAUUUUUAUUUUAUAUAUUUUUUCAUUAGGGCCAUAUCUCCAAAAAAAGGAAAAAAAAAAACAAAAAACAAAAACAAAAAAAAAAGAGGGUAAUGUACAAGUUUCUGUAUGUAUAAAGUCAUGCUCUAUUUCGGGAGAGCAGCUGAUCACAAUUUGCUUCAUGAAUCAAGGUGUGGAAAUGGUUGUCUAUGGAUUGAUUCAGAAAAUGGUCACCAGUACAGACAAAAACGAAAAAGUACAACUAAAAGGAAGAAACACAACUUCAAAGAUUUUUCAGUGACGAGAAUCCACAUUUGUAUUUCAAGAUAA